AUGGGAAAUGCAUUAAAUGAUAUUGGUGAUAAUUAUGAUUUUCAAUUGAUUCAAAAAGUUUAACAUACACUUUUUGGUCAAAUAGACAUUCUAGAAUGUUAAAUUUAAGAUUUUCCAGACGUUGACUAAUAUAUGAGAGUCUAACCAAAAUUAAAAAAUCAAGACUAUAUCACUUUCAUUAAGAGAUACAUCAAACUACAGAAUCUUUAUAAACAUGAAUUAAAUUCUCCUUUUUUAAUUUACAUUUCAAAUAAUAUAUUUGAAUACCCAUCACAUUCAUUAUAUGAUGAGAUCUAAGUAAAAAGAUAAUAAGGAACUCAAUUUGCUGAAACAGAAUUAUGGUAUCUAGCAAAAAGCUUGAUCGCUGGUUAUUCUAUAUACCUUUAAAUUCCAGAAUUGGUAAAAUAAACAUAAUUAACUCUACAUAAUAUUUUUAUAACUAAAUAAGGACACAUUAAGUUGUGUUUACAUACUUUAUUUUUAAUAAAUGCAAAUAGCUUUAAGAAUUUAUAUAUUGAAGAAUCUUAAUAUAGUCACAAGAUUAGUAAGGAAAUAGGAUUGAUCUUACUUGAAGCAAGUUGUCUAUCAUUUGAAGAUAGCAUUAAAGUCAUGGAUAUGUAUUAUUCGAUAGAGUAUUCAAAUUUUGUUAAGGAUAUGAUUGGAGAUACUAAGUCCUUAUAAUAUUUUCAAAAUUAUCAAAUGAGCAAGAAAAUAUCAAAAACAAUUUAUGGAGAAUCAUAAAUUAAAAAGACCACUACCUUACUUGUUCAAUAACCAAAAUCAUUAAAAUAAUCAUAAAUUAUUGAAACACUUCAUGUUAAAUCCCCUGUGAAAACUGAUCCAAAUUAAUUUGAUUAGGUCUCUAAAAUAGCCAGUAUACCUGAAGUAAAUUAAGAUUUUGAGUAAGAUCAAAGGAAAUCUUAAUAAUUAGAUUUUUUUUCAGGCAGAAAAUCUACAUAACAAAUCCCAAAUAUAUAAUCUGAAAUUUAUUAUCAUUCUAAAUAAUAAUCAUUAUAAAUUAAUGAUUAGUAACCUUAUUUGAUCCAAUAAUAGUAAUUUUUUGACCAUAAAAAUAUUCAAAUACCUAUUAAUUAACCUAUAAAUUAAUAAUUCGAUGUCUUAAGCGAAAAAUUUAAUUAACGAUUUUGGAAGGUUAUAGAUUAAGCAAAAAGAUAAGUUUUAAUUUAUGAAUAAAGAUCUAAAUAGAUUUAUUGA